GGGAGCUGGACGAGCGACUGAUCCUGCUGGAGACGCGGGUGGGGGAGCAGUUCAACGUGCUGAAGGCGAUGGUGCUCGAUCUCGAGACGAAGCUGCGCGAUCAGGACCAGCAGGUCAAGCGCCAGCACCGGGGGCUGCACCGAGCCAUCGCGUCUGCCAGGAAGGCGGGAGACCUUAUAGACAAUCCGCCAGCGAGACGGCGCAGGAUGCAAGAACACUUGGAUAGGCCGCAUUUAAAUACCCCUGACUUCGCUGAAAACGAAGGACGAGAAGGCAACCAGAUCAGCUCCGAGCAAGACUUUGCUGACUUCUACAACGAUGACCUGGACGAAUUAAAGGCAAGUCCCAGAGCUCCCGAGGUAUCGAAGUACAACUCAUCGAUACACAUCGAAGAUUCGCAGCGAGUCUUCACCUACUACUGGAAGGUGGAAGACAUAAGGUACCGCAUGAACAACUGGGGUUGGCGUCGGUCGUUGCGGUCGCCCGACUUCUACAUCUUCAAGUUCGGCUACAAGAUGUUCAUGAAAAUCUACCCCAACAACAAUGGCGAGAACAUCUACGUCCAUGUCGCCCUCACUAAAGGUGAGUUCGACGCCAGUCUGGAGUGGCCGUUCACUCUGCCGCUGCGCAUCGCUGUGCUGGACCACAGCCGCAACCCCGACGACAUCACGGGCAGGGUGUGGCACCCCACCGAACUCUGCUCCGGCCUGCACUGGCAGCGACCAACCACGGGGGACAACCAGAUCUGUGUGGGGCUGGGCUUCUCGCACAACGAUCUUGAUAUUGCUAAUUAUGUUUACGCUGACGCAAUCACCAUCAAACUCACCAUUUUCUUGGACUGACGCAAU